CCGCUGAGCUCAGCCAAUAGGAAGCGGACAGGAGUUGCUUCCCGCAGAACGGUCGUGGCCGCAGUGGCAGCUUUAGAAAUGUUUUAUAAACUUUUGAUAGUUGUUUUCCUCGCCGUUUGUUUACACGGCACGCCAUCAGAUGGGCAGAAAAAGAAGGAGACCCUGCUGUCGGAGAAGGUCAGUCAGAUGAUGGAGUGGACCAGUAAGCGUGCUGUGAUCCGACUGAACGGAGAGAAGUUCAGGAGGCUGAUCCGAGCUCCUCCACGCAACUACUCCGUCAUCAUCAUGUUCACGGCACUGCAGCCUCAGAGACAGUGCGCCGUCUGCAAACAGGCGGACGAAGAGUACCAGAUCCUGGCCAACUCUUGGCGUUAUUCCAGUGCUUUUACUAACCGCAUUUUCUUUGCGAUGGUGGAUUUUGAUGAAGGAUCAGAUGUUUUUCAGAUGCUCAACAUGAACUCGGCUCCGACAUUCAUCAACUUCCCGGCCAAAGGCAAGCCCAAGCGUGCGGACACGUACGAGCUGCAGGUGCGAGGCUUCGCCGCGGAGCAACUGGCCCGAUGGGUGGCGGACCGCACUGACGUCCACAUCCGGGUGAUCAGGCCCCCGAGCUACGCCGGGCCGCUGAUGCUGGGUUUGCUGCUGGCCUUCAUCGGCAGUCUGGCUUACUUACGCAGAAACAACCUGGAGUUCCUGUUCAACAAGAACGUCUGGGCUUUCUCCGCACUGUGCUUUGUUUUGAUCAUGACAUCGGGUCAAAUGUGGAACCACAUCCGAGGACCUCCAUAUGCUCACAAGAACCCCAACAAUGGCCAAGUGAGUUACAUCCACGGCAGCAGUCAGGCUCAGUUUGUGGCGGAGACUCACAUCGUUCUCCUCUUCAACGCUGCGGUGACUCUGGGAAUGGUUCUGCUUCAUGAGGCUGCGACCUCUGACCUGGACGUCGGCAAGAGGAAAAUCAUGUGUAUGGCAGGGAUCGGGCUGGUGGUGCUGUUCUUCAGCUGGCUCCUGUCCAUCUUCAGGGCCAAAUAUCACGGAUAUCCUUACAGCUUCCUGUUCGGCUGAAUGAGGAGCGGUGGAGGAGCGUGGGAAAUAUUAAUGCGCAAAGUGCCUUAAUGUUUAAGAUGAGUGAUUGAUCUGGUAAAGUUCUGCUUGACCCUGUAUGUGCCUUCUUGCUUUUUUUAUAUAUAUUAACGAAUACAUUUUAAAGUUUUUAAUGACACUUUGUUCACUUCAUUGGAUGUCUCUCCCUGAUUGGUCUAGUCUAGGGUAACAUGGUGUGUGUGAACGCGGAGGUUAAACUCGCUUGCGAAUGAGGUUUUGUUGCUAAUCAAAUGUACAGUUUUAUAUUGAAUUUGGUUGGGUCGAAAUGCGUAGAUUUGAAAGUCGCACAACGGCAAGCAAGGUGUUUUCAAUUCUACCUCAUACAUGUGCAUAUCAAGUGUCCAAAGUCGAAUCCGCGUGAUUCAGAGGCUUCUGAGGGAGUGUGAGAUGAGGAAACCUCAGGGUGAAUGAGUGUCUUAAAUGCGGAGAGUGUUUGCUCUUGUCUUGCCUCAGGUGAUGAUUUCUGCCAUUAAAAGUGCCUUGAUUGCUC